CCAUCGUCCUCCCCUAUCGUUUAAAAUGCGUCAAAGAAGACUUUAGGGUUGAGUCUGGUUCACGGCACAUCGGUGGUCGCCUUUCUCCCGCAACCUUACUAUAAAGCUCCCCCGCCUUUCCCCCACCCUACAAACUCGAACGCCCCCCGCACUCUCCCUCUCUCUUCCCCCUUCCAAAAAUUAUAGCAAAAACAAGGAGCUUUGACCUUUGGGGCACAAAUGGCAAACCCUAACUUAUCGAAGCUCGGAGCUUUACGGCUUCCCCCCGGAUUCCGAUUCCACCCCACCGAUGAAGAGCUCGUUCUCCAGUAUUUGAAGAGGAAGGCCUUCUCCUUCCCAUUACCGGCCGCCAUAAUCCCCGAAGUCGAUCUCCCGAAAUACGACCCUUGGGAUCUUCCAGGUGUUGGCGAGCAGGCGAGGUACUUCUUCUAUUUAAGAUCGGCGAAGUACCCUAAUGGUCGCCGGGUGAAUAGAGCAAUGGGUUCGGGGUACUGGAAGAUAACAGGGAAGGAGAAACCUAUUGUUGCUUCGAAGAGUAACCAGGUGGUUGGGAUGAAGAAGGUUCUGGUUUUCUAUCAUGGAAAACUGCUGGCCGGAGAGAAAACCGACUGGUUUAUGCAUGAGUAUUGCCUUGCCGGCGCCGGCGCUGAUGCCGGUUUUUGCGGAUUUGGGAAGAGGAACAAUAGCACAGGCCAGUGCAGAAGCGACUGGGUUCUCUGCCGCAUUUUUAUGAAGAGAAGAACAGCUGAGGAAGAAGCGGUUGGUCUUCCUCUUCAGAAACCACAGAGAGUAAUUCAGCUCAUCAACUUCAUGAAUGGGGAGGAAAGGGAUCGCAGCAGCAGCAGCAACGUUUCUCGUUCUUCUUCAGGAUUGAGCUGUGUCACUGAGAACAAUGAGGAAGUCUCCUCGCCCAGUUGAGCUGUUGAGUUUGAAAGAUUAAACAGAUAGUUCAUGCUAAUUUCUUUGUAUCUGUCCUAGGAAACCAGGAAGCACAGGCUGCCUUUUUAGCCUUCUCUGUAAUUUGUUCUUCAAUAGCUUUUAAAUGAGAGAGCUUUUACUG